UAUUAGCAUACAUGAGCCAGUACAGGUGUCAGAAACGAAACAGGGUAUACCUGCUAGAAGCAAUCAAACCAACAGCGGAUUAACAAACAAAGCGACUUUUUUCUUUCAACAUUUAUAACUUGGCUAUUUAUCUGCUCAACAAUAGGUAUCCCAUAUCAAGAUUAUUUACAUUAUUUUAAAGAUGGACAGAACAUUUUUUAUCCUAAUAUGCAUUUUAAUCAAAACUGCCACUUUGCAAUCAUCAUCAUCACCAACUACUACUUAUUUAACCACCAUGUCCACCACUAAUGGAGGUGAUAGCACAACAGCAUCACAAUCAACAGGGUCUACCUUUACUUCAACUGCCCCGUCUUCAACCCCCAUUGAAAGUUCAUCUGUCAGUACAGCUGAAGUAUCUACGUCAUCAUCUUUAACCGCCACAACCCUUGCUGCUGAAACAUCCACCACGACUGGAAGUGAUACCACAACAGCAGCACAAUCAACAGACUCUACUGUGACUUCAACUGCCCCCUCGUCAACCUCCUUUGAAAGUUCAACUGUCAGUACAGCUGCAGCAUCUACAACGUCAUCUUUAACAGACACAACCACUGCAUCUACAUCAGUUGAAAGUUCAUCUACAUCUGUUAGUACAGCUGCAGCAUCUACAUCAUCAUCUUCAGCAGCCACAACCACUGCAUCUACAACAGUUGAAAGUUCAACUGUCAGUACAGCUGCAGCAUCUACAUCCUCAUCUUCAAUAGCCACAACUACUGCUGCUGAAACAUCCACUACUAAUGGAGGUGACACCACAACAGCAUCACAAUCAACAGGGUCUACCUUGACUUCAACUGGCCCCUCUUCGACCCCCUUUGAAAGUUCAACUGUUAGUACACCUGCAACAUCUACAUCAUCAUCUUCAAUAGCCACAACUACUGCUGCUGAAACAUCCACCACUAAUGGAGGUGAUACCACAACAGUACCACAAUCAACAGGGUCUACCUUGACUUCAACUGGCCCCUCUUCCACCCCCUUUGAAAGUUCAACUGUUAGUACACCUGCAACAUCUACAUCAUCAUCUUCAAUAGCCACAACCACUGCUGCUGAAACAUCCACUACUAAUGGAGGUGACACCACAACAGCAUCACAAUCAACAGGGUCUACCUUUACUUCAACUGGCCCCUCUUCCACCCCCUUUGAAAGUUCAACUGUUAGUACACCUGCAACAUCUACAUCAUCAUCUUCAAUAGCCACAACCACUGCUGCUGAAACAUCCACUACUAAUGGAGGUGACACCACAACAGCAUCACAAUCAACAGGGUCUACCUUGACUUCAACUGGCCCCUCUUCAACCCCCUUUGAAAGUUCAACUGUUAGUACACCUGCAACAUCUACAUCCUCAUCUUCAAUAGCCACAACUACUGCUGCUGAAACAUCCACCACUAAUGGAGGUGAUACCACAACAGUACCACAAUCAACAGGGUCUACCUUGACUUCAACUGGCCCCUCUUCGACCCCCUUUGAAAGUUCAACUGUUAGUACACCUGCAACAUCUACAUCCUCAUCUUCAAUAGCCACAACUACUGCUGCUGAAACAUCCACCACUAAUGGAGGUGAUACCACAACAGUACCACAAUCAACAGGGUCUACCUUGACUUCAACUGGCCCCUCUUCAACCCCCUUUGAAAGUUCAACUGUCAGUACAGCUGCAGCAUCUACAUUAUCAUCUUCAGCAGCCACAACCACUGCUGCUGAAACAUCCACUACUAAUGGAGGUGACACCACAACAGUACCACAAUCAACAGUGUCUACCUUUACUUCAACUGGCCCCUCUUCAACCCCCUUUGAAAGUUCAACUGUCAGUACACCUGCAGCAUCUACAUCCCCAUCUUCAGUAGCCACAACCACUGCAUCUACAUCACCAUCUUCAGUUGCCACAACCACUGCAUCUACAUCACCAUCUUCAGUUGCAACAACCACAGCAUCUACAACAGUUGAAAGUUCAACUGUCAGUACAGCUGCAGCAUCUACAUCAGCAUCCUCGACAGCCACAACCACUGCAUCUCCAACAGUUGAAAGUUCAACUGUCAGUACAGCUGCAGCAUCUACAUCAGGAUCUUCAGUAGCCACAACCACUGCAUCUCCAUCACCAUCUUCAGUAGCCACAACCACUGCAUCUACAUCAGCAUCUUCAAUAGCCACAACCACUGCAUCUCCAUCACCAUCUUCAGUAGCCACAACCACUGCAUCUACAUCAGCAUCUUCAACAGCCACAACCACUGCAUCUACAACAGUUGAAAGUUCAACUGUCAGUACAGCUGCAGCAUCUACAUCAGCAUCCUUGACAGCCACAACCACUGCAUCUACAUCAGCAUCUUCAAUAGCCACAACCACUGCAUCUACAUCACCCUCUUCAGUAGCCACAACCACAGCAGUAGUUCAGGUGUUGACGGCUCUGGUGUUUAGCUCAAAUGAAAUGUUUACAACUGACCUCUCCGAUUCGACCUCUGAUGGCUUCAAGAACAGAACUAAGCUUGUGAAGGACCAGGUUGAACCAGUCUACAGAAGAAAGUAUCCUUCAUCCUUCAUAAGACUGAAUGUCUUGAGCUUCAGGCCUGGGUCAAUUAUCACUUCAACAGAACUAGCUUUCAACGACACAUCCCAACUCCCAACCACUCAAGAUAUCAAAAAUGAUCUUCUGAGUGCAAUAGAAACAGGAGAAGUCAGUUCGCUGAAAAUAAUUCCCAACUCAGUCACAGUCAGCACUACAGCCACAACCACUGCAUCUGCAUCAUCAUCUUCAAUAGCCACAACUACUGGAAGUGAUACCACAACAACACCACAAUCAACAGGGUCUACCUUUUCUUCAACUGUCCCCUCCUCAACCCCCACUGAAAGUUCAACCGUCAGUACGACUGCAGCAUCUACAUCAUCAUCUUCAAUAGCCACAACUACUGGAAGUGAUACCACAACAGGACCACAAUCAACAGGGUCUACCCUUACUUCAACUACCGCCUCUUCAACCCCCAUUGAAAGUUCGACCGUCAGUACGACUGCAGCAUCUACAUCAUCAUCUUCAAUAGCCACAACUACUGGAAGUGAUACCACAACAGGACCACAAUCAACAGGGUCUACCCUUACUUCAACUACCGCCUCUUCAACCCCCAUUGAAAGUUCGACCGUCAGUACGACUGCAGCAUCUACAUCAUCAUCUUCAAUAGCCACAACUACUGGAAGUGAUACCACAACAGGACCACAAUCAACAGGGUCUACCUUUACUUCAACUACCGCCUCUUCAACCCCCAUUGAAAGUUCGACCGUCAGUACGACUGCAGCAUCUACAUCAUCAUCUUCAAUAGCCACAACUACUGGAAGUGAUACCACAACAACACCACAAUCAACAGGGUCUACCUUUACUUCAACUACCGCCUCUUCAACCCCCAUUGAAAGUUCGACCGUCAGUACGACUGCAGCAUCUACAUCAUCAUCUUCAAUAGCCACAACUACUGGAAGUGAUACCACAACAGGACCACAAUCAACAGGGUCUACCUUUACUUCAACUGCUCCCUCUUCAACCCCCAUUGAAAGUUCGACCAUCAGUACGACUGCAGCAUCUACAUCAUCAUCUUCAAUAGCCACAACUACUGGAAGUGAUACCACAACAGCACCACAAUCAACAGGGUCUACCUUUACUUCAACUACCGCCUCUUCAACCCCCAUUGAAAGUUCGACCGUCAGUACGACUGCAGCAUCUACAUCAUCAUCUUCAAUAGCCACAACUACUGGAAGUGAUACCACAACAGGACCACAAUCAACAGGGUCUACCUUUACUUCAACUACCGCCUCUUCAACCCCCAUUGAAAGUUCGACCGUCAGUACGACUGCAGCAUUUACAUCAUCAUCUUCAAUAGCCACAACUACUGGAAGUGAUACCACAACAGGACCACAAUUAACAGGGUCUACCUUUACUUCAACUACCGCCUCUUCAACCACCAUUGAAAGUUCGACCGCCAGUACGACUGCAGCAUCUACAUCAUCAUCUUCAAUAGACACAACUACUGGAAGUGAUACCACAACAGCACCACAAUCAACAGGGUCUACCUUUACUUCAACUGCCGCCUCUUCAACCCCCAUUGAAAGUUCGACCAUCAGUACGACUGCAGCAUCUACAUCAUCAUCUUCAAUAGCCACAACUACUGGAAGUGAUACCACAACAGUACCACAAUCAACAGGGUCUACCUUUACUUCAACUGGCCCCUCUUCAACCCCCAUUGAAAGUUCAUCCAUCAGUACGACUGCAGCAUCUACAUCAUCAUCUUCAAUAGCCACAACUACUGGAAGUGAUACCACAACAGCACCACAAUCUACAGGGUCUACCUUUACUUCCACUGCCCCCUCUUCAACCCCCAUUGAAAGUUCAACCAUCAGUACGACUGCAGCAUCUACAUCAUCAUCUUCAAUAGCCACAACUACUGGAAGUGAUACCACAACAGCACCACAAUCAACAGGGUCUACCUUUACUUCAACUGGCCCCUCUUCAACCCCCAUUGAAAGUUCGACCAUCAGUACAACUGCAGCAUCUACAUCAUCAUCUUCAAUAGCCACAACUACUGGAAGUGGUACCACAACAGCACCACAAUCAACAGGGUCUACCUUUACUUCAACUGGCCCCUCUUCAACCCCCAUUGAAAGUUCGACCAUCAGUACGACUGCAGCAUCUACAUUAUCAUCUUCAAUAGCCACAACUACUGGAAGUGAUACCACAACAGCACCACAAUCUACAGGGUCUACCUUUACUUCCACUGCCCCCUCUUCAACCCCCAUUGAAAGUUCAACCGCCAGUACGACUGCAGCAUCUACAUCAUCAUCUUCAAUAGACACAACUACUGGAAGUGAUACCACAACAGCACCACAAUCAACAGGGUCUACCUUUACUUCAACUGCCGCCUCUUCAACCCCCAUUGAAAGUUCGACCAUCAGUACGACUGCAGCAUCUACAUCAUCAUCUUCAAUAGCCACAACUACUGGAAGUGAUACCACAACAGCACCACAAUCAACAGGGUCUACCUUUACUUCAACUGGCCCCUCUUCAACCCCCAUUGAAAGUUCAUCCAUCAGUACGACUGCAGCAUCUACAUCAUCAUCUUCAAUAGCCACAACUACUGGAAGUGAUACCACAACAGCACCACAAUCUACAGGGUCUACCUUUACUUCCACUGCCCCCUCUUCAACCCCCAUUGAAAGUUCAACCAUCAGUACGACUGCAGCAUCUACAUCAUCAUCUUCAAUAGCCACAACUACUGGAAGUGAUACCACAACAGCACCACAAUCUACAGGGUCUACCUUUACUUCCACUGCCCCCUCUUCAACCCCCAUUGAAAGUUCAACCGUCAGUACGACUGCAGCAUCUACAUCAUCAUCUUCAAUAGCCACAACUACUGGAAGUGAUACCACAACAGCACCACAAUCAACAGGGUCUACCUUUACUUCAACUGGCCCCUCUUCAACCCCCAUUGAAAGUUCGACCAUCAGUACAACUGCAGCAUCUACAUCAUCAUCUUCAAUAGCCACAACUACUGGAAGUGGUACCACAACAGCACCACAAUCAACAGGGUCUACCUUUACUUCAACUGGCCCCUCUUCAACCCCCAUUGAAAGUUCGACCAUCAGUACGACUGCAGCAUCUACAUUAUCAUCUUCAAUAGCCACAACUACUGGAAGUGAUACCACAACAGCACCACAAUCUACAGGGUCUACCUUUACUUCCACUGCCCCCUCUUCAACCCCCAUUGAAAGUUCAACCGUCAGUACGACUGCAGCAUCUACAUCAUCAUCUUCAAUAGCCACAACUACUGGAAGUGAUACCACAACAGCACCACAAUCAACAGGGUCUACCUUUACUUCAACUGGCCCCUCUUCAACCCCCAUUGAAAGUUCGACCAUCAGUACGACUGCAGCAUCUACAUCAUCAUCUUCAAUAGCCACAACUACUGGAAGUGAUACCACAACAGCACCACAAUCUACAGGGUCUACCUUUACUUCAACUGGCCCCUCUUCAACCCCCAUUGAAAAUUCAACAGUCAGUACGACUGCAGCAUCUACAUCAUCAUCUUCAAUAGCCACAACUACUGGAAGUGAUACCACAACAGCACCACAAUCAACAGGGUCUACCUUUACUUCAACUGCCCCCUCUUCAACCCCCAUUGACAGUUCGACCAUCAAUACGACUGCAGCAUCUACAUCAUCAUCUUCAAUAGCCACAACUACUGGAAGUGAAACCACAACAGCACCACAAUCUACAGGGUCUACCUUUACUUCCACUGCCCCCUCUUCAACCCCCAUUGAAAGUUCAACCGUCAGUACGACUGCAGCAUCUACAUCAUCAUCUUCAAUAGCCACAACUACUGGAAGUGAUACCACAACAGCACCACAAUCAACAGGGUCUACCUUGAUGUCAACUGCUCCCUCUUCAACCCCCUUUAAAAGUUCAACUUUUAGUACAUCUGCAGCAUCUACAUCAUCAUCUUCAACAGCCACAACCAUGGCUGCAGGAACAUCCACCACUAAUGGAGUUGAUACCACAACAGCACCACAAUCAACAGGGUCUACCUUGACGUCAUCUGCUCCUUCUUCAACCCCCUUUAAAAGUUCAACUUUCAGUACAUCUGCAGCAUCUACAUCAUCAUCUUUAAUAGCCACAACUACUGCUGCUGGAACAUCCACCACUAAUAGAGGUGAUACCACAACAGGACCAAAAUCGUCAGGGUCUACGAUUGGUUUAACCACUCCCUCUUCAUCCACCUUUAAAAUCCUCACUAGUAACACAGCUGGACCAUCCACCACAUCAAUAACUACAAUAACAUCAGGACCCUCAACAGCCAGUUCCAGCCACAGCACCACUUCCGCAUUUACUCUGACAGUGCCACAAGCAACAGCAACAACUCAAAAAUCAUCUUCAACUGUUAGCGCAGGCACAACAACAACAUCCUCCACAAAUAAAGCUACUACAUCCACUACUGCAGCAGCAGUCAAAACAACAACAAAAUCCCCCACAACUAAAUUGACUGCAAUUACUACUGCAGCAGUCAAAACAACAACAAAAUCCCCAACAACUAAAGCGAUUACAACUAAUACUGCAACAGCAGCAGUCAAAACAACAAUAAAAUCCCCCACAACCAAAGCAACUGCAAUUACUACUGCAACAGUCAAAACAACAAUAAAAACCCCCACAACUAAAGCGAUUGCAACUACUGCAGCAGCGGUCAAAACAACAAUAAAAUCCCCCACAACUAAAGCGAUUGCAACUACUGCAGCAGUGGUCAAAACAACAAUAAAAUCGCCCACAACUAAAGCGAUUGCAACUACUGCAGCAGCGGUCAAAACAACAGUUAAAUCGCCCACAACUAAAGCAACUACAACUGCAGCAGUAGCUCAAGUGUUGACGGCUCUGGUGUUUAGCUCAAAUGAAACAUUUACAGCUGACCUCUCCGAUUCUACCUCUGAUGGCUUCAAGAACAGAGCUAAGCUUGUGAAAGACCAGCUUGAACCAGUCUACAGAAGAAAGUAUCCUGCCUUCCUAAGAUUGAAUGUCUUGAAAUUCAGUGCUGGGUCAAUAGUCACUUCAACUGAACUAGCUUUCAACUACACAUCCCAACUCCCAACCACUCAAGAUAUCAAAAAUGAUCUUCUGAACGCAACGGUAGCUGGAGAAGUCAGUCUGCUGAAAAUAAUUCCCAGCUCAGUCACAGUCAACCUUACAGUUACAGCUACAACUGUAGCGGGAGCUGCUUCAACAACAGCAAGUAAAACCACUUCAAGUGGACCCAGGAUUGAAUUCGGUCUUCUCCAAGCAAUGUUCCUCAUUAUUAUGUCAACAAUAUUUAGACGUUACCUGGAGAUUCAUUAAAUCAACCAAAUGAUUAGGUUCAGCAAAAUAUGCUUGAACGAAUUAAACAAAUAGCAAGUUUUAUUGCCUUUUAUAUAGUAUUUACUGUUGUCACACUCUCACAGAAUAUGAUUUAUGGCAAUAUAGAUACGCCUAAUAUUCCAUUUAUCCUUAAAAAUAAAAUUCUUGAGGUGAAAAACAGUAUGUUAAUUUAACAGCAGGCUGUUACAAUAAUGCAAAGGGAAAUAUUUUAUUUGAUUUUAUGCUUUCCUUUGGAAGGAAGAAGUAGAUCUUUUUCCUCUGUAAUAUGUAUUUUCUGAUGAAAGCAGGUGUUUGUUCAACUGUUAGAAGAGAAAAUACUUUUUCAUUCAUUGUUUAUGUCUACUACAUGCUAACAUUGUACACUUUUAUAUUUAAUUUUAUUAUAAUAAACAUAUUUAUCAAGUUUU